UAUCACUUCCAUCCUUCGCGCUCUACCAUGCAUUAUAUUCAUCUUUGCCAAUUCACCAAAGUACAAGAGAUAUAGCAGUGAUGGGAAAUCUUGUUUUCUCUUCAAUACAAUGGCUGUAUACUCACUUAUGUUGGGAAGUUUCUAUAUCCCUGCUAGUACUAACCAUUCUUGGUUGUAUACUUCAGAGACUCACCAACAAGGGUCCAAUGUUAUGGCCAGUUAUGGGGAUCCUACCUUCGGUAUUCCUACAUAUCAACAACCUUUAUGAUUGGACCACGAGGUCUUUGAUCAAAGCUGGGGGUACCUUCCACUUCAGGGGAAUGUGGAUGGAAGGAUUCUAUGGAAUCAUGACCACUGUACCUUCAAACAUUGAAUAUAUGCUUAAAACAAACUUCAAGAAUUUCCCCAAAGGUAAGCACUAUAUAGAGAGGUUUUAUGACUUGCUUGGGAAUGGUAUUUUUAAUGCUGAUGAUCAACUAUGGAAGGAACAAAGACGAAUCGCAAUUUCUGAGAUUCAUUCAAGCAGGUUUGUGGAGUACUCAGUCCAAACCAUGCAAGACCUGGUGCACCAGAAGCUACUAAAAUUGUUAGAGAAACUCGUGGAGUCAGGGGAUAGCUUUGAUCUCCAAGAAGUGCUUCUUCGGUUCACAUUUGAUAACAUUUGCACCGCUGCUCUUGGCAUUGAUCCAGGGUGCUUGGCCCUUGAUUUACCUGAAAUUCCUUUUGCAAAAGCUUUUGAAGAAGCCACGGAAUUCACUCUAUUGAGAUUCUUGGUGCCAUCUUUUGCAUGGAAAGUCAUGAGACUCCUUGGAGUUGGAUAUGAGAAGCGGCUCAAGAAGGCAAUAAAAAUCGUGAAUGAUUUUUCUGAGAAGAUGGUGACUGAUCGAAAGAACGAAUUAGUGAAGUUUGGAAGCUUAAAUGAUCAUUCUGACCUCUUGUCCAGACUCAUUGAGGACUCUGACCAAGGUAUGAAAAAUCAUUUUUCAGACAAAUUUCUCAGCGAUUUCUGCAUUAAUUUCAUUUUAGCAGGACGAGACACGAGCUCUGUGGCAUUGUCAUGGUUCUUCUGGUUAGUACACAAGAACUCAGAGGUCGAAAGCAGAAUUAUUGGUGAGAUUAAUGAAAUUUUGUGUUACCGCAAGUGCAAAAAUGAACCAUAUGAUGUGGCUUUUACAGUGGAAGAAUUGAGGAAGAUGGUGUAUUUACAAGCAGCAUUGUCUGAAUCUCUGAGGCUUUACCCUUCAGUGCCAUUUGACUUCAAAGAGGUUAUAGAAGACGAUGUUUUCCCGGAUGGCACCAUGAUUAAGAAGGGGAGUCAGGUUGUUUACUGUAUUUACUCAAUGGCUAGAAUGGAGUCCAUAUGGGGAAAAGAUUGCUUGGAGUUUAAGCCAGAGAGGUGGCUUAAAGACGGGCAGUUUAUCAGCGAGAAUCAAUUCAAAUAUGUAGCGUUUAAUGCUGGUCCAAGAUUGUGUCUUGGAAAGAAAUUUGCUUACAUGCAGAUGAAAAUGAUAGCUGCUUCAAUCCUGUUGAGAUAUGAAGUUAAGGUUGUCGAAGGCCAUAAAGUUGAUCCAAAACUGACAACCACUCUUUAUAUGAAGCAUGGAUUGCUAGUGACUAUCAAGCCUAGGUUGGUUGGCGUUGCAUAAGCUUUGCUAAGCACAAUGGGUCGAGAUCAUAUGUCCCAAAUUUUUAAGACUCAUUGAGCUAAUGGAAACUACGUACUAGAGUUCUAUUUUGUGUCUAAUGUUUCUCAGAUUGCUGUUCUGGCUAACUAGACUGCUGUAUGAUAAAUAAAGUGGAAUGCAUGUUGAACCUUGUAUUCA